AUGCCAUGUGAUGGAAGAAAUCCAAAUUGUGACAGGAGACGAGAGUUAUUAACUCAGUUAAAAUGCUUGAUUAGUUCUAUGGAAAAAAGGAAACCAUGUGAAUGGGACGAGCCACCAUGUGCACCUCCUGUUAUCUACACUUCACCUUGUGUACCUAAUUGUUCUGAUUGUAUUCCAGUGAAACAGUGUAAAAGCUUUGAUUUUCGUGCAAGUAUUAUAUACAGAUGCGAAUGUAUCAAAAGAAAUGGCCUACAAGACAGAUGUAUGAUGUGGAACUGUAUGGGUAGACCAGAAUGUAUGACAAAACUGUAUCCCGUUUGCAUGCCAGGCCGCAAUGCGUUGUUAAAACUGACCGAUUUAGGGGACAUGGAAAUUGCUUUAAAGAAAUUUUAUUGCGCCGAUCAGGCAAGGGAGGCAGCCUUGGCUGCAUAUUGUAGAUUGGUAUGUAAUAGUAAUGCACUGUAA